UUGUAGUGGCUCUCAACUGUGUUUGCUGCCCUGACGGCUGGUUAUUUCAUCUACAUCAAGCCCUAAUUAGAGUUGUUUUACUUCACAGCUCAGAAGAUUGAGAGAGAAAAACUAGGAGCUGCAACAUGACUUCUUUUGGACCAACCGUGUUAGUUGUGGCUUUACUCUGCAUCUUCACCGUCAACAGCGGCCCAACAGAUUAUGGAGACAUCCGGAGGGUUCAAACCUCUGGAGCUUCAGAGCGAACGGCUCGGCAGGACAGACUCAGUGCAGGAGUGAGUGCAUCACAGCAAAUGGCCCGGACUGAUUCUGGUAGAAUGGCGAGAUACAAAACAAUAAUCCAAGGCGUGGGAAGCAGGUUGAAUAUCGAUCCAGCCCUUAUCGCUGGCAUCAUCUCCAGAGAGUCCAGGGCCGGAAAUGUUCUGCAGAAUGGCUGGGGGGACCAUGGAAAUGGCUGGGGACUGAUGCAGGUUGACAAAAAUCAUCACAUCAAACGAGGUGCAUGGAACAGUGAGGAGCAUCUCACCCAAGCCACAGAGAUCCUCGUUUAUUUCAUCAAACGCAUCCAGAGAAAAUUCCCCACUUGGACCAAGGAGCAGCAGCUGAAAGGGGGGAUAGCGUCCUACAACACGGGGGAUGGAAGGGUCACCUCCUACCAAAGCGUGGAUUCCCGCACAACAGGUCAAGACUACUCCAACGAUGUUGUUGCCAGGGCUCAGUGGUACAAAAAUAAUGGAUAUUAACACCUGGAAGUGAUAAAGAUGUGUACCGUCUGGGGAUAAAUAAAUAUUAUUCCAAGCAAG